AUGGGCUUCCCUGCACGAUUCAGAACGUCCGCUGUGGUUAUGAUGGCCGACUUGAUUGCUGCGGGUGACCAAUCAGGAUGUGUGCUCUUGAGCAGCGCUGCCACUCCACUGAGAUCGGCCACGCUGCCAGGAUAUUUACACCUGGGCCUAAAAUAUCCGGCUUCAAAAUCCCAAGACUUGCAGUGUUGGGUCCUCUGGAAGAAAAGGCAGCAACCAUUGGACAUAAACAAGCGGCAGAAAAUCCUGCGCGAAACCCUUUGGCUGGUAAGCCGCCUGGCCUUUGAAGAACUGGCUCGGUCUGUUUCGCAACACCACAGUUGCCCUCAACUGCCUGUCCAUAGUACUCGCGCCAACAGUGAGAGCCCAGGGUACCCCAUUCACUACACUAUAGUAGUCAGGGCCAUUGUUUCCCGCCGAGACGCUGACAACGAUACCAUGCUCCAUCGCUCUAAAAGAAGUUAUCGCCAUUAG